UCGCGCGACCCCGCAAAGGCUUCUGGGUCACAGAAAUAAGCUCGGCUAAUUGCCGGCGAGUCCGAUUAGUCCAGCAAUGGCAGCUUCCGGGGGGGCCUUGUGGGUAACCAAGUUCACACACUGAGGUUGCCGUUAGAGCUGAGGCACUGGGGACUACAACUCCCAGGGUGGAACGCGCGGGACGGCCCUUUGGCCUAAGAGUUCGCUCAGCCCCUUUCCACGAGCCCGGGCUCGCCAGGGACUCUGAGACUCGCGGGAGGGUCACCUCUGCCGUAACUAAGCUGACCGCCUUCUUUUCACUCACGACGCCAUUGAAGCGAAACGUGGAGCACUCCUGGGCCUUUCGGGAACGCGGUGGGAAGAAGGCCGGACUAGGGUGGGUGGGGCCAGAUCAUGACCCGGAAGCAGAACUGACUCCCGCAGGCAGAGUGCUGGGAAGCGGCGGCGGCGACCGCAGCGGUAGAAGCAGGAAUUUAUCUGUGUGCAGCCCCAAACUGGGAAGAAGAUGCUUAUUAAAGUGAAGCUGUAGUAUCUCAGCCCACCUUCAGGAAUCAAAGCUGGGAAUGUUACCGGGCAGCACCCGCCUUUCUGAGCCGGGCAUCCUGGACCAGCCUCACUUCUUGACUGAGACGCUGACGGGAAAGGAGAUUGAGAUUGACAUUGAACCCACAGACAAGGUGGAGCGAAUCAAGGAGCGUGUGGAGGAGAAAGAAGGAAUCCCCCCACAACAGCAGCGGCUCAUCUACAGCGGUAAACAGAUGAAUGAUGAGAAGACAGCAGCUGAUUACAAGAUCCUAGGUGGUUCAGUCCUCCACCUGGUAUUGGCUCUGAGAGGAGGAGGUGGUCUUAGGCAAUGAUGGACCCUCCCUCCAUUUUACCUCCUUUACCCUGUCGGUCAGAAUGAGACAUCAUCUAUCCUCUCACAGCCUGGGACACCAGAGCCACUGACCCCUCUCCUGGAUGCCCAGUCUUGUGUGUCUACUGGUGGGAGACUGUGAGGACCCCAGGAUGCAUUGUUCCUGGCCCAAAAGGCCCUACCUGGCAAUUGGGUUUUAGUUUGCAGUCCUGUGUGCUUCCCUCUCAUGGCUAUGUCCCAUUGUCAAUAAAAUAUUUCUUGGCC